AACAAUUUUUUAAAUUCUUCAUACUUUUUAAAUUCUUAUUUCUUAUUGGCAUUCAUUAUGUCUGAGUUCUUAGUUUGACUAAGCGUGUGCUUGCUCCGUUCAUUUCCAUCUGUUUCUCGUGGACUUCAAAUUCCGGGUCCACUGUGGACCAAGUCCGGCACUGCGCGCGUUGCCAUGACGAUCAUGCGCAUUUAAAAAUGGCGCAUAUUUUCGAUUUUCCCCCUCGAGGAGCGCACAAUUGGCGGAACGUAGAAACUAUAGAGAAUGAACGAGGAGACCGCGGAGAAUGCGAGUUCGCUCGACAAAACGGCGCGGAAGCUCACCGACGAUAUACAGAAUAUGUCGAAUUACAAAGCGCUUUAUCACGAAAUACAGAAACUCGUUGCGUCACCUAUCGUAAACAAGGACGAUUUCAAGAACUCCCUGCUUACAGUGCUGAAAGAUAACGGCUUAGAGACGGAAAUCCGUAACACGGUGUUUCAUUGGGCGCGAUCACGGGGUUCGCUGCAUUCGCGUUCGACUUCGCACAUACAAACGGCCGACCUGAGCUAUUUGAAGAAAACUCAGAUACAAUGGGAACGACGCAUACAGAAAUCGUUGAACUCAACGUGCAGCGAAUUGAAUAUUCCGUUGGCUCGUAUAAGACCCACUGCUGACAGAGAAGAGCUGGCCGAAAAAUGGAACGAGCUAAGCACUUAUGACAUUGAUUUGUCGCAGUACCGACCGUUAUACGCGCCGAAGGAUUUCCUGGAUGUAUUGUUCUCCGUACGCGAUCCUUUGUUCAAAAAACAACCGUGUGUAAUUAUAAAUUUGUAUAAAAAUGAAGUCAGCUUUAUUCGAAUAAAAAUAUCCACAUUGUCAAGUUCUUUCAAAACAUUUUUCAGAGACGAAUUAAAUUGGGACUUCAGUCACAUACAGAUUAGUGUAAAAACACUCGCGCAAUUGAGGCGUAUGUAUUCAGAAUUAGCACAGGGAAUGCCAUUGUUAGGAAUAAAUUCCGAUAUGCCAGCAACAGAAAAUUUUCCAAAUCUAGAAGCCGAGCGAACGCAUAUUGGCGAAAAAGUAUUAAAUUCGAAUCAUGCACCAAUUGCUCAAGAAUUUCUUAAAAGAGGAUCUCCUCGAGCGUUGCGCGGUCGCCUUUGGUCGCUCGUUCUUGGAUCUGUUAUCAAAGAUAACGACAUAGAGUAUUAUGAGGAAUUGAAAAAUAUGGUUUUACAAUACGAUAUUGUGGUAGACAAGUUGAUAAUAAUGGAUGUACAAUUAACGGCGAGAAAUGACGAUCAAUACUUUGUAUUCGAAGAUGUUUUGUAUAAAACAAUGCUGUGCUUCUCAAGAGAUUCGGAAAUACUUGCGCCGGUUACAACAGACAGAAGUGCCGGGGGUCAAGUAAUCCAUGCGGUUUUGCAGGGCAAACCGGCGACAUUAGAAAAUACAUUGGUCUUUCCACCAAGUGGCGUUAUUCCAUUUCAUGGAUUUACGAUGUAUGCUACACCGUUCUGUUAUUUGUACGACGAUUCUUGCGCCAUGUAUUACACCUUCCGAGCGUUUUAUCUGAGAUAUUGGUUUCGUUUGCAUACCGUGUCGAAUCAUGAGCAAGGUAUAGUUGCCCUUUGCUUACUCUUCGAACGAUUAUUGCAAUGCCACGAACCACAGUUGUGGGCCCACUUCAAAAAUAUACACAUUCAACCCAUAAAAAUAGUUUUCAAAUGGCUUAUGAGAGGCUUCAGUGGACAUUUACCGCCCGAACAAUUAUUAUAUCUUUGGGAUCUAAUUCUCGGUUAUGAUUCUUUGGAAAUUAUUUCACUACUGGCAGUAACAAUAUUGAGUUUUCGAAAAGAAAAUUUAUUACAAGUUAAUACCCAACAAAAUGUAGAGGCUGUGUUAGCAGAUUUAUCCUCGCUAAAAGUGAUGCCUCUACUGCAGCUGGCUCUUCUAAAAGAAUAA